CAGCGUUGUAAGCAACAGGCAGGGCCCGCCCAGAGCCUCGGCCUCUUAGCCUCCGGGUUCCCGGCAAGCUCCACGGUAGAGGGUGGGGAGAGGUCAUCGCGCCUGCGCAAUAGGAGGUGUGACCCGGGUGGGAAAGCCCUCUGCGUCCGCCAUUUUGGCUGCCUCUGUCGGUCUGUUCAGUUACCACGUGAACCGCCGACGGAGACCCGUGGGGGGGAGGCGGCGGCAGCGUUAAGUGAGAAAGGAAAAAAGACAAGAAGGAGAAGGGGGGUGUCCCGGAAAGGCGACGCGGCGACACCCGAGGCCUGGUGGUGGUGGUAGAUCGGGGUAUUCAAGGCUGAAGGAGCCCGGGGAACGGCAGUGGCGGCGGUCGGACAAACAGACCGACCGAACCGGGUGGUGGCGGGAGCAGCGGGAGGAGCCGGAACGAUGCCGGCCGUGAGCCUCCCGCCCAAGGAGAACGCGCUCUUCAAGCGGAUCCUGAGAUGCUAUGAACACAAGCAGUAUAGAAAUGGAUUGAAAUUCUGUAAGCAGAUUCUUUCUAAUCCCAAGUUUGCAGAACAUGGAGAAACCCUGGCAAUGAAAGGAUUAACAUUGAACUGUUUGGGAAAAAAGGAAGAAGCUUAUGAAUUGGUUCGUAGAGGCUUGAGAAAUGACUUGAAGAGUCAUGUGUGUUGGCAUGUAUAUGGCCUUCUUCAGAGGUCAGACAAGAAGUAUGAUGAAGCCAUUAAGUGUUACAGAAAUGCACUAAAAUGGGAUAAAGACAAUCUUCAAAUCUUAAGGGAUCUUUCCUUACUACAAAUACAGAUGCGAGAUCUUGAGGGUUACAGGGAAACGAGAUAUCAAUUACUUCAGCUUCGACCAGCGCAGAGAGCAUCAUGGAUUGGUUACGCUAUUGCUUAUCAUUUAUUAGAAGAUUAUGAAAUGGCAGCAAAGAUUUUAGGAGAAUUUAGGAAAACACAACAGACAUCCCCUGAUAAAGUGGAUUAUGAAUAUAGUGAACUACUUUUAUAUCAAAAUCAAGUUCUUCGGGAAGCAGGUCUCUAUAGAGAAGCCUUGGAACAUCUUUGUACCUAUGAAAAGCAGAUUUGUGAUAAACUUGCUGUAGAAGAAACCAAAGGGGAACUUCUCUUGCAAUUGUGUCGCCUGGAAGAUGCUGCUGAUGUUUACAGAGGAUUACAAGAGAGAAACCCUGAAAACUGGGCCUAUUACAAAGGCUUAGAAAAGGCACUGAAGCCAGCUAAUAUGUUUGAGCGGCUAAAAAUAUAUGAGGAGGCCUGGACUAAAUAUCCCAGGGGAUUAGUGCCAAGGAGGCUGCCAUUAAACUUUUUAUCUGGUGAGAAGUUCAAAGAAUGUUUGGAUAAAUUCCUAAGGAUGAAUUUCAGCAAGGGUUGUCCACCAGUCUUCAAUACUUUGCGGUCCUUAUACAAAGAUAAAGAAAAGGUGGCAAUCAUAGAAGAAUUAGUAGUAGGUUAUGAAACCUCUCUAAAAAGCUGCCGUUUAUUUAACCCCAAUGAUGAUGGGAAGGAGGAGCCACCAACCACAUUACUUUGGGUCCAGUACUACUUGGCGCAACACUAUGACAAAAUUGGUCAGCCAUCUAUUGCUCUGGAAUAUAUAAAUACUGCUAUUGAGAGUACACCUACGUUGAUAGAACUCUUUCUUGUGAAAGCUAAAAUCUAUAAGCAUGCUGGGAAUAUUAAAGAAGCUGCAAGGUGGAUGGAUGAAGCCCAGGCCUUGGACACAGCAGAUAGAUUUAUCAACUCCAAGUGUGCAAAAUACAUGCUAAAAGCCAGUCUGAUUAAAGAGGCUGAAGAAAUGUGCUCAAAGUUUACAAGGGAAGGAACAUCAGCGGUAGAGAAUUUGAAUGAAAUGCAGUGCAUGUGGUUCCAGACAGAAUGUGCCCAGGCAUAUAAAGCAAUGAGUAAAUUUGGUGAAGCACUUAAGAAAUGUCAUGAAAUUGAGAGACAUUUUAUAGAAAUCACUGAUGACCAGUUUGACUUUCAUACGUACUGUAUGAGGAAGAUUACCCUUAGAUCAUAUGUGGACUUAUUAAAACUAGAAGAUGUACUUCGACAGCAUCCAUUUUACUUCAAGGCAGCAAGAAUUGCUAUCGAGAUCUAUUUGAAGCUUCAUGACAACCCUCUUACUGAUGAGAAUAAAGAACAUGAAGCUGAUACAGCAAACAUGUCUGACAAAGAGCUAAAGAAGUUACGUAAUAAACAAAGAAGAGCUCAAAAGAAAGCCCAGAUAGAAGAAGAGAAAAAAAAUGCAGAAAAAGAAAAGCAGCAGAGAAAUCAGAAAAAGAAGAAGGAUGAUGAUGAUGAGGAGAUUGGAGGUCCAAAAGAAGAACUUAUCCCAGAGAAACUGGCCAAGGUUGAAACUCCAUUGGAAGAAGCUAUUAAAUUUUUAACACCGUUGAAGAACUUGGUGAAGAACAAGAUAGAAACUCAUCUUUUUGCCUUUGAGAUUUACUUUAGGAAAGAAAAGUUUCUUUUGAUGCUACAAUCAGUAAAGAGGGCAUUUGCUAUCGAUUCUAGUCAUCCCUGGCUUCAUGAGUGUAUGAUCCGACUCUUUAGUGCUGCAGUGAGUGAAAGUAAAGACUUACCCGAUACAGUUAGAACAGUAUUAAAACAAGAAAUGAAUCGUCUUUUUGGAGCAACAAAUCCAAAGAAUUUUAAUGAAACUUUUCUGAAAAGGAAUUCUGACUCAUUGCCACAUCGAUUAUCAGCUGCCAAAAUGGUAUAUUAUUUAGAUCCUUCUAGUCAGAAGCGAGGUAUAGAGUUGGCAACAACACUUGAUGAGUCUCUCACUAACAGAAACCUCCAGACUUGUAUGGAGGUAUUAGAAGCCUUGUGUGAUGGUAGCCUAGGAGACUGUAAAGAAGCUGCUGAAGCUUAUAGAGCAAAUUGUCAUAAGCUUUUCCCUUAUGCUUUGGCUUUCAUGCCUCCUGGAUAUGAAGAGGAUAUGAAGAUCACAGUUAAUGGAGAUAGUUCUGCAGAAACAGAAGAACUGGCCAAUGAAAUUUGAACAUCAUUAAACAAGCAAACGGAAUGACUUUGGACCAUACCUAGUGUAUAAUAUUUUUGUCACGCACCUGCUGCAUUGCUCUAACUUACACAGAAUGAGAGGAGUAAAUGUUCUUGCCUUCAAAUAGUGUUUUAUGUUUUUUUAUCCUGCUGAAAAGUAUAUAUAAAAUAUCUAACAUUACAGGAUAUAGGUUCAGUUUCUUCAAAAAUUAAAAGCUGCUAAAAUUUAGGGGUUAAAAAAGAUACCUUGUCCUAUUCCUACCUACCCACCCAUGUUUUUAAACUAAUUUAUAUAGAAUCUGGAGGCUGUUACAGCUAACAAAGCAGGUGUGUGGCAGAAAUAUUACCUUAAAUUUGUCUUGUGAGAUUUUACUAUAUCUCAGACAGCAUACAUGCUGUUUUAGCACUGGAUUCUUUCACUGAGCACAAAGAGUUGUUGGGGCUUUAGCAUCUGACUGAUUUUGUUACGGGGUUGAUUCUGACCAUAGGAAGUAUGCAAUGUGAAUCACUAUUUACAGAGAAAUCUACAACAGAUGCUUGAUGUUGUAGAAACCGGGACAUAUAGAUACCAAGCAGGAUUAUAAGAAACCUAGAAGGUGUUCAGUACGCUUGUUGUGUUGUACAUGAUCAGUUCGGUGUUCUUGUACCACAGUUUUUAACUGAAGGAACCAGUUGGAACAAUCUCAAUUUU